UUGUCUGUGCGUUAUGAAUGAAUAGUAGCAUGGAGUCAGCAGGAAGGUAGGAGGUAUAAUUUGUCCAUGCGACCCAAACCUUUGUUGGCGGGUGGUAGACAAUCACAUAUGUACAUACCUACUUACUGCCAAUAUGCAUGGGUUGAAUGGGUGGCAAAAUGGUGGGCAAAACGGUGUGUGGUGGUCAGAAUGAUAUGUCUAUGGAGUUGUACUUUGGCAAAGUACUAUGGACUAUGUGCAAAUGGAUUUUCUAUGCUGCCAGCCGAACCCAUCGUCGUUCGGUCAGUCAAGUUCAGUACAACCCCAACCUCCGAAGACUGUUGCAUGCACGGUGCAGCAACUGCAAAACACCUUCGAAGCCGUAUUUUACUCCUAAUCGGACCGCUUUUAAGUGCUGCUGUUUUCAAAGUCAAGUGUACGAAAUACAUAAUAAAUAUUGGAGGCAUAUACGCAAAUUCAACCAGUUUGUGUUAUCUGAUGAAGUGGUGCUAAGUGAAUGAGGUUAACUGCUGCUCAAUGUACUGAUAAGAAGAUUUUACAAAAUAUCAACAUAAUAGCUAAGGAUUCUCUUCUUUCAAGAUAUCAGAGCGCCUGUGUGAAAAGCUUUUGAAAAUCGUUAUAACGAUGAUGAAAAUAAUUAUCCUAACUGUGGUCAUCUCCAGCGGCUUUUUGAUUUAUGCACAGGCGCAGCAUUUGUUGGCCCAGGCGCUCUAUCUGGGCGAUCCGGAUACGUACAACACCACCAAGGAGGACUGCGUGUGGAAACGGGGCCACGGGGCCGAUCGCUGCCCGGAUCCGGACAUCCGAACGAUCCUGUACACAUCCGGGGUGGUGAAGGACAAACUGGAGUUUAACAUGAAUCACCCCGAUUGGCUUAACGAUUCCGAGUGGGAUCCGGCGAAGGAGAACGUUAUCCUCAUCCAUGGUUAUGCCGGUGGAGAUGACACUUUGCCGAUGGCGGUUUUGAGAGAUGCGUACAUCAGUCAUGGAAAGCACAACGUAUUCGUCGUAGAUUGGGGAGUGUUGGGACAACCGCCUUGCUACGUAGCAGCCGUGUACAACAUUCGACCCGUAGCCACUUGCUUGGCUCAGAUGUUUAUCCGACUUCGAGAUCUGGGACUGCCGGCGGAAAGAACGACCUGCAUCGGACACUCACUUGGAGCGCACAUCUGUGGACUGAUGGCAAAUUAUCUGAACUUCCGUUUGGAGAAAAUCAUUGCUUUGGACCCUGCUCGACCCUUGAUUAAACCGGGUAAUAUGAACCGUUUGGACCCUGGAGAUGCUAAGUUCGUACAGGUCAUUCACACGAACGCUGGGCAUUACGGAGAGGGUGGCAGGAUGGGUCAUAUCGAUUUCUGCGUUAAUGGUGGACGGCGACAGCCUUACUGUGGGAAUAGUACAAACAUCAACCUGUGCAGUCACAUUUGGGCCGUCUGCUAUUUGGCACAAUCGAUCUAUGAAGGGAUGGAGCCGAUGGCGGAACCUUGUCAUCGGAGGUGUCCUUCCAAUGCUGUUAUGCCUGUUCGAGCCGGCAGGGGUCGCUUUGGGUAUGCUGUGGGUUAUGCUAUUCCGAUGGGACAGAAAACGCCACCAAAUGCAUACGGCUCAUAUUGUGUGAAGGAUGACGAUCCACCAUUCUGCCCCACGAGCUCCAAUACACCAGGGGACAAACGAUGCUGCAUUUGAGUGGUCCACCGUGUAUUCUUAGCUACGAUCUAGUCUAGUUCAAGCUUGGUAGCUGAUUGUUUAAGUAGUGAGUGUGCGUGUAACUGCCAAGUAGUUACCUUAUUCCAUCUAUACCUAAAAAAAAUCGAAAGUAUUAUAUAAAACUUCUAGAUAAGUGAGUAUUGUUAAACAAUUUUAUUGUAACAGAU